AUGAGCCCCAAGAUUGGAGAUGUGUUGAAGGAAGGUCCGAUUGAAAAGAGGAGUGACAGUUUUCUGCAGCUAUGGAAGAAGAAGUGGUGUGUGCUGACAAAGGAGGGUCUACACUUACUCAACAGCCCAGGAAAAAAAUGUGGGAAAUGUAAAGCACUGACUUUCUGUUCCAUCGAUAAGGUGGAAUGUGUGGAAAGAAAAGGAAGUUUGCUUUACUUCACUGUGGUCACAACAAGUGGCCAGGAAAUAGACUUCCGAUGUGAGGAGCGCACGUGUUGGAAUGCUGAGAUUACUCUUGCUUUAGUGAGAUUUCAGAAUGAGAAAGCUGUGCAGGUACUGAGGGCCAGGAAAGAGCAUGAACGUGGACAGCUGGGGCACAAGAAAAGAAUGUGGUCUUCUCGAUGA